AUGGAGAACAUUCCAUUUCUUCAAGAUAAAACCGGCGAUCCUCUAAUAGACGGACUCUACGUAUUCACUAAUCCAACUCAGAAAAGAGCUGUUAUUUCGAAGGAAAAAGUGAUAGCCAAUGUAGGCCAAUUCGCGUCCUUUGGUCUUCGAACAUUGGUUGAAGGAGUGCGUCUUCUGAAACCCGGUGAAUGGACAUCACUACAGACUGAAUUAAAUGAAGUUAGAUCACUGAUGGAGAAUAGAACUGCGGCACUAUCCAAAGUAUACAAGAAAAUUGAAAGAGAUCUCAUGUUAAUUGGAUGCACUGGUGUGGAAGAUCGACUACAGGAUGGGGUACCGGAAACCUUGACAGCACUGCGAGAAGCUGGAAUUCAGCAAAAGUUGUAA